GGUGGAAAAAUAUUAUAUAUUACUAAAUUAUGACUGUUUUUGUUAAAAAAUAAAUAAAUAUAUAUAUCAUGACCUCUCUAAGGCAACAAUUGCAGGUUACCACUUUUUACAGUACAUUCGUAUUGAUUUUAGUUAUUUAAUUUGUAGAUUUAACACAUGGAUUUAAAUUUGAGAUAUCCAUUUACAUUUAAGAUUUUUACAUAUUUGCAUAUGUAUAAUAAACACAUAAUAGUAAUACCUAUAAUAAUCAUGCAUAACACAUAUUUGGUAACAUAAAAUAAUCAUGCAUAACACAUAUUUAGAAACAGUUUUGAAGUUUGUUUGAGCUAAAGCUAGAAAUCUUGGACAGUUCCUUGUAGCAAGCCGUAUUUUGCACUCCCCAAAGACGUCAGAAAUUGUACGGGCAUUUGAUUAACCCUUAACCACUUUAUUCUAACGCUGUUUGGGUGACAUACAGUAAGCAUGAUAUGAUGCGAGGUUUCAUGGGCUGCUGUCCAGGGUCCUGAGCCGUUUUCUGGAGGCGCUCUAGCGCAGCUGACUCCGGAUAUGGGUCAAGCAUGAGCUGAAUGGUGAAAUCAUUUAACUUGCUGAUCAGUGUGCAAAUAAGAAAAUGAUAAUGCACUGGCUUCGUACAGUAUUAGGACACGCCUCCUACACUUAACUACAAAGAAAGGGUUUUAAGACAAUUAGGACUCUCUUCGACAUUUUGCAUUAUAAAUGUAAGCAAUUAAGCAGUAAAUCUGUGGAGAACUUGCCACAUGUAUAUGGACUGGACUCACUGCAACCUCAAAACAAGAGUGUGGGAGAGAGAGAGUGAGUUGAGGGUCUUUGAGGGGGUUCAUCUAAAUGCGCAGCACAUAUCAGAGUGAGCAUUGUGAGUCUGCGCGGAUAACCGCUCGACAGCGGAGUCUUACAACACAAUAUAGACUAUAGAGAAUAGCGAGUAACAUCCAGACAACAGAUACGGUCUUUGAAAACGCGCGUUUCUUUUUUUUCAUUUUUUUUUUUUUUUUUUUUUUUCAUGCGCUUUCACGCGAACCACCAAGCGGGUAUUGGUCAGGAGCGCUUCUUAGAAUCUAAAUGCAUUUGUUACAAUCAUUUUAUUUAUUUAUUUAAUUUAUUUAUUUUUAAAUAAAUUCAUUAGUUAAAACCCUGGAUUUUCUAUGAGUUCGAGACGCCUGUGAGGUAACUGCCCCCUCAUUUAUCGUGGAAGAGAGAGAGAGAGAGAGAGAGAGAGAGAGAGAGAGAGAUAGAGAGAGAGAGAGACCUUCACUGCUGAACUCACCAAGUUUUUCGGGGCGUCUUGAGGGAAUGUUGCUACAGCUGUAAGAACGUCUGUGACUGACAGCGCGAGACAGUCUGCUUUCUGCACCGUGUUGACACGUCCUUCCGCGAGACAUCCUGCCGCGGGGACAGCAAGAUUCAAGCUUCAUUCUUUGAGUGGUUAUCCAGUGUGCUAAUUCAAAGAGGGGAGGGAUGUCAGAAGAUACUUCAUCCAUCAGAUCCCCCAGCUGCACCAUUCCUGAGGCUGAGGAGGAGUUCUAGUGAGCGUCCACCGGAGGCAGCAUUUUAAGACAUCGUAGGCGCACUCCAAAAGAUCCAUCGAUGGUUUGAAGAACUGCAAUAGUUUUCCAGUGUACCUGUUUCCCAUCCAGCACUUUGUUGCUCAUCUCUGCUGUCACAGACUGCUGGAUAUAAUCGCAUCAGUGCUCCAGACAAAAUGGCUUCCACAGUGAGAAAAUGUCAGCACCCGUUUUUAACACUCAUCCUUCUCCCUUUGAUCUACUGCAUGCACCCAGACUGUGUCAUUCAGUUAGAGAAAGAGAAGUGCAUGGAAAGGAUGGCAAUGGAUGACCCCAUCAGUGAACCUGAAUUAGUCUGUCGAUGGAUGUGGGACAACCUCACCUGCUGGCAGCCAGCCAGAAUUGGUCAGGUGGUCUGGAUGCCCUGUCCUGAGCUGUUUGAUGUCAUGAGUGAAGAAAAUGAUGACUUUGGAAAGGUGAGUCGUAACUGCACUGAGGAUGGCUGGUCAGAGAUGCUCCCUCACUAUGUUGACGUUUGCCCUUUUAAUGACAAUGGAACAAGUCCAGACAUGUACUAUGUGUCAGUGAAGGCUCUUUAUACUGUGGGCUACAGCACCUCGCUGGUGUCUCUCACCACUGCCAUGGUCAUUCUCUGCAGGUUCAGGAAGCUACAUUGCACCAGGAAUUUCAUUCACAUGAACCUGUUUGUGUCGUUCAUCCUGAGGGCCAUUUCAGUUUUCAUCAAAGAUGGCAUUCUAUAUGCAGAGGAGGACAGCAGUCAUUGCUUUAUACACACAGUGGAGUGCAAGGCGGUGAUGGUAUUUUUUCAUUAUUCUGUUUUGUCAAACUAUUUUUGGCUGUUCAUCGAGGGCUUGUAUCUGUUUACUCUGCUCGUUGAGACAUUCUUUCCUGAGAAAAGAUACUUCUACUGGUACACCAUUAUUGGAUGGGGUACUCCAACAAUAUGUGUGGCUGUCUGGGCUGUCCUUAGAGCACAUUUUGAUAACAUUGGGUGCUGGGACAUCAAUGACAAUUCUGCCAUCUGGUGGGUAAUCAAGGGUCCUGUUCUUGCUUCUAUUAUGAUCAACUUUAUACUCUUCAUUGGCAUUAUUAUAAUCCUAGUGCAGAAGCUGCAGUCUCCAGAUAUUGGAGGAAAUGAGUCCAGCAUUUAUCUGCGUCUGGCCCGCUCCACUCUUCUCCUCAUCCCACUAUUUGGUAUCCAUUAUACUGUGUUUGCUUUCACACCAGAAGAUGUCAGCAAGAGAGAAAGGCUUGUGUUUGAACUUGGUCUUGGCUCUUUUCAGGGUUUUGUAGUUGCUGUCCUUUACUGCUUUCUCAACGGAGAGGUGCAGUCGGAAAUCAAAAGGAAAUGGCGCAGCUGGACUGUGAACCGGUACUUUGCUGUGGAUAUGAAGCACAGGCAUCCGUCACUGGCCAGCAGUGGUGUGAAUGGGGGCACCCAGCUUUCCAUCCUCAGCAAGAGCAGCUCACAGAUCCGCAUGUCCAGCCUUCAAGCUGAAACACCAGCCACAUGAGUGCUUAGAAGAAUAGACUGAAAGCCAAACUCCUAAGAACAAGAGCUACAUAAUGAUCUAUGUCAACAUCCAAGUCCUGUUUCAUUUUCUUUUGACAAUGAACUAUAUGUCUGUCAAUUGUCCAUAGACGACAGGCAGUGGAUAUGGAAAUCUGAGGAUCUCCCAACCAAUCAUCUAUUGUGUGCCAAGAAAAGAUGAAUACUUUUGAUGUGGACUUGUGGAUGAAUCUCAACCUGUGAUUUUAUCUGAACCUGUGAAAGAAGGGAUUUACUGUAUAAGCCAAGAGUCUGCUUUGAACAAUAGGAAUAAAUGAAUCCAUUGCAAUCCACUAUUUACGAUAUGUUUCUAUCCAGAAUACUGAGACUCGGCUAAAGAAGAACAAGGUGGAUAUUUUUGUACAUAUCUACACCACACCAGUCUCUGUGCUGUUUCUUUUUGUCUUUGAAGAUUUCAGACAGCUCCUCUUUGCUAAUAAAGCUAUAUGUUUCUCCAUGUGAUACUUCGUUUAAUCUUUGAAGAUGCAGUUGGAGAGGAUAAAGACACAGAUUCAGUUACGGCUGGUGUCCCAGUACAGAAAGUUUGACAUAAAAAGCCUUUGUCUGUGAAAGAGAAGGAACCACAUAUUUUCCACAGGAGCUUAAUCAGUCACUGAUUCUUGAAUGCUGAUACUCAGACUCAUCAGUCAUUUAAUAUGUAAUUUAAUUUAAUGUAAAUAUUUCAUCUUUACAUUGUGUAUCUCAAUUGAAUGACUGAAUGAAGGACUGCAGAAAAAUCAAGUUGAAGGACAAAUGAUGGCACCAGGGAGAGAAUCAUUCUUGGGAACUACAGUGUCAUGUGACCUAUUUUCCAAAUCCUGAUAGGAGGAUUAAAAGCCUCUGGGUUUCGGCUGUACAUUCACAGCCCUUAAAGUGAAGCUUGGCCCUAAAUACCUUUCUGUAUUCAGGUGAUCUGUAUAUCUGAAAGAAUAAGACUUUUUUAUAUAUCUCUGCCUUUUUUAGGUUAGGUUUGAUUAUCAUGUGGGAGCUGAUAAGCAAAACUAACAUUUGAAUCCUCAAUGAAAACAAUGAAUAACUUUUCAACUUGUCUUCAUGAGUGGAAUCCUCUUGUGCUUUAAAUGUGUAUUAAAUGUGCUUUUAAUUUUUUAAACUGCCGUUAGUACAGGAAAUGUCAGUUAGAAAAUAAUGCAACAAAACUCAUGCCAAUGGCAUAAUACAAUAUAUGUGGGUAACAUGGGUUUAAUAUUUUUGUCAUAUGCAUGUUUAUUCCCCUCUUACAUUUAGAAUGACUACUAUCCCUGGUGCAGUGAAUUUACAAGAAUUGUGAAUCUUAACAAUGGAUCACCUAUGGCAAUGAAUAAUUGGUUUUCAACAUGUUCAACUAAGCUAAAUUUCAUGAUUAUACAUAACGUCGAAACGUCUGGCUCAUAGUCUUUGAUAUUUUUAUCAUUUUGUAAUUUAAUGUUGUAAUUUAAAUAUCUCUAGUAUGAUAUUUCAACAUCAAACACUUAUAAGUAGAGCACUUUUAAGAUUCCAAAGAUGAUUUUUUGAAUAUUUUAGCCCAUAAGACGUCAUUUGCAUACUAGUUUGCAAAGGGUGUAAAGUCUUUGCAACUGAUGUCACUGAGUAUAUACUUAAAGUGCCUUUUUUGUACAAAAUUUAGAUUUUUUUUUUUAUUUAUUUAUUUUUUUUUUUACGUAGCUAAACUGCAACAUACAACGGCAUCUCUCUGUGAAAGUGCUUUUGUUAUGCUUCAGUAAACCAAGAGGCCUUUUUCUGGCAAGGCCUUCAAUUUCUUUCAGAAAUUAAAAAAAAAAAAAAAAAAAAAAAUGUAUGUUUCUUUUACAUGUAAAUUUUAAUUAAUAUCAAGCCCAAAAACAGUGUGAAAUUGGUAAUAAUUUUCUUUUUAUGAAUAUUACAUUUCACAUUAGACUCAUUAAUGCAGCAUUAUUUUGGAAAGAAACACAUAGAAACACACACACACACACACACACACACACACACACACACACACACACAUAUAUAUAUAUAUAUAUAUAUAUAUAUAUAUAUAUAUAUAUAUAUAUAUAUAUAUAUAUAUAUAUAUGAAUUCUUCCAAAUUUAUUUAAGAAGCUGUUUACAUUUAUAUCCUCCUUUUGUGGCACAAAUUUGUUUAAGAAACUGUUUACAUUUAUAUCCUCCUUUUGUGGCGCAUUCUGAUUAUUGUGUUUGAAUGGAUCUAUUCCAGAACAAAUGCCUAGUUUUUCAAACGAUAACUGCAAAGAGAAAAAGGCACACAUGGACAAAAAUAUAUAAUACAGAUUAUAUGUUUUAUAUGAUUAUUAUUUAUUUAUAUGUAAAAUUAUACUGUAUUACUGAUUUUUUUAGUAGUUGCAUUAUCAAGCAUUUGAAUUUGACAUACAGUAUUAAACUUUAAAUGGAACAAUUAAGCUUAGUGUUUACAAUUAUUAAAACAAAUGUGAUAGGGUCAGUCCUAAACUGAAAUACUGUGUUAUUAUGAUCUAUGUAGAACCAGUUUAAAAAAAAAACAAACAAAAAAUCUCUCAAAUUUUUUGAAGCUUUGGUCGAUGAUUUAAAAAUACUUUUAUUCAAAAACGUGCAAUUUUAGCAUAUGAUAAACAAUUAUAGUUAGCAUAUAGUAAAUGUUUUACUAAUAAGUGCUGAAUAUAUCCUUUAUAUUCAAUUUAAACAUUGUCUGUUACUCAACAGAUCUGAUACAUCUGAAACGUAUUUUUCUAAUUCUUGUUUAGAUCAAUAACACCAUCAGUGUGUGUUAGCAUUACACUCUGCUAAGUGUUGUCAUGCAAAAGUAAACAAGCUUUAGCAAUACAUUGUGGAUAAUGCAGAGAAAAAAAAUAGUUAUACUUUUUAGUGAAGAUAACACAAAAACUAAAUAAUGUGCAUCUGUGACCGUUUUCAAGGUUGUGCACUGAAGUUGUAAUUUUGUAUUUGAAAGCACUCUUGUUAAUAAUAUUUAAAUGUGUGGUUCUCUGCAGUGCUGCCUAAUCUUCUUGAAUGAUGCAUGCAUUUCCUUUGAUUUUUUGGGCACUAAAGCAUACAAAAAUUGGGUGUCUUAUUAUAUUGUGUUCAGCAAUAUUGAUUUUUUCCCUCCCAAGAGAAAAUACAUCAUACAAAUAAACUAUCACACCACAAUGACAAAAACAUGUGAUAUUUCUUGUCUUAACCAUAUAGGGCCAACAAGCUCGUGCACUUUCUUGAAAUUGAUAUAUAUAUAUAUAUAUAUAUAUAUAUAUAUAUAUAUAUAUAUAUAUAUAUAUAUAUAUAUAUAUAUAUAUAUAUAUAUACACACACAAAAGUACUGUUAUAAUUAACGGGAUGUAAAUUGAUGUAUAUUAAUAUAUAUCAAUUUACAUCCCGUUAAUUAUAACAGUACUUUUUGUACAAAAGGCUAUUUUAAAAACUCUAAAUUACACACUUUGGUCUAACAAAAACAAGUAUACUAUACAUGAAGUGUUGGACAAGACCUCUUUAAUACCUCUCAUUCAAAGCAGUUGGAUUGCAGUGCUGACACAGAUUUUAUAAAUCUAUACAAACACUUACCCUGUUCUCACCCAGUUAUUUUUUUUUUUUUUUUUUUACCUUUUAUGACAAUGAACAGAAAACAUUGCUCUUACCAUUCAGCAUGUGUGCCUGCAUUCACCACUGCAGUAUUCCUUAGUUAGAAUGUACAUAAAUACUAGCUGAUGGGAAAUGAAGUUAACACAGUCAACAUUAAAUGGGUAGGAAGAUGAAAAUCUGAGGGGUUUUAAAUUUUACAUUAUAUUUUAUUAACAUGUUAUGUUUUAUUUUAAAUGUAAAUUGUGUGAAAAUAUAUGAUAACCAAUAUAUGUAGAAUAAACAGUUGAUUUAGAUGAAAUAUAUAGAAAAUGUUGAUUUAAUGGAAAUUUACUAGGUGUAUAGUAUCACUUCAAGCAAACUAGAUGUGGAACCUGUGAGUGUUUUGUCUUAUUUUAAAUUCUAGCACAUUUACCACAGCAAAAUAUGAAUAUAGUGUUUAGGAGUUUAGGGGGCUUGUAAUGACAGUAGAAUAAUCUGAAUGUUCUAGACAAUGUUAACUUUACAGCCAAUCUUGCUUUGUGAAGAAUUGCUUGCUUUGUACAUUUUUUUUUUCUCUGUGAACAUUUUAAGUCACUUUGAUGUAAAAUGUAUUUUUUGUUUGAUGUAUACUGUAUACUGUAUUUUUUGUACAUUAUGAAAUGUAUUUUAAAAGCCCAAUUAAAUGUUUUUACAAGUAAAGUUGAGAUUGUCCAAUAAAACUCUCUGACCAUAAA